CGGGGCCACUGCUUAGGAGCUGCUGGAAGGGGAGCCACAGCACAUGGAAGGAGGGCCUCUGGAGUGUGGAGUUCCAGAGUUUGGAGGACUGAGUCACACGUCUACCCCAGACAAAUCCCUAGUAGAGACGACUGGGAUUACCCAGACUGGCUUUGACCUACUGCAUUUCAUCCCGAGAGAGCUAAAAUCAAGAGGGUGUUCCGAGAGGAUGGAUGUUAUCUCUCUACCUGUUAAAUACAUUCAGGCUGCUGCACUGAAUAAUAAUAAAGAUUCCAGCCAGAAUUUCUUGAGACUGUUUAAUGGACACAUUUACAGUGGCGUGGAAACUUUGGGGAAGGAGCUCUUUAUGUACUUCGGGCCAAAAGCUUUACGGAUUCAUUUUGGAAUGAAAGGCUCCCUCGUGAUUAAUUCAGUUAAGUCUAAAAAUAAAAAUGGACUUUCUCCUGGUUUUGAAGUACAGCUCACCAAAGAUCUGAUUUGUUUCUUUGACUCAUCAGUAGAAAUCAGAAACUCAGCAGAAAGCCAACAGAGAAUAAGAAUGAUGGAAGAAUUAGAUGUAUGUUCACCUAACUUUAGUUUCUCAAGAGCAGAAAGUGAAGUGAAAAAGCAGAGAGGACGGAUGCUAUGUGACGUGUUACUGGAUCAGAAAGUGUUGCCCGGGGUGGGAAACAUCAUCAAAAAUGAAGCUCUCUUUGACAGUGGUCUCCAUCCCACUGUUAAAGUUUGUCAGUUAACAGAUGAACAGACACAUCACCUUGUGAAAAUGGUACGUGAUUUCAGCCUUCUUUUUUACAGGUGCCACAAAGCAGGAUCUGCUGUCUCCAACCACUAUAAGGUUUACAAGCGUCCUAAUUGUGGUCAGUGCUGCUGCAAGAUAACUGUGUGUCGCUUAGGGGAGAAUAAGAGAAUGACAUAUUUCUGUCCCCACUGUCAGAAGGAAGAUCCUCAACAUGUGGACAGAUGCUUGCGAGAUGUUGGUUCUCAGGCCAGAGGUCGGGACCAAGCUGCUGUGGUGGAAGCUCCAAGUCCAAACCACUGGACUAACAGAGAACCGCAGACCCCAGGGAAUAUUAAUCGGAGUAAGGCCUCCUGGAGGUCCUCAUCUCAGCACCAAGACCUGGAGCUAUCCAACUGCCUGCAGACUCCAAUGCUGGACGUCUCAGGCCAAACAGCCAGUAAGACAGGAAUACAGCACCACCUAUCAAAAAGAGGAAACAAACCCAAAAAAAAGAUGAAACCACGGAAAAAUAUGUUACAAAUGAAGGAGCAAGGUAAAAACCUACAAGACCAAAUAAAUGAAGAUGAAAUAGGCAACCUAUCUGAAAAAGAGUUCAGAGUAAUGCUGGUAAAGAUGCUCCAAAAUCUGGGAAACAAACUGGAGAAAUUGCAAGAAACAGUUACCAAGGAUCUAGAAGAAGUAAAGAGCAAACAAACAGUGAUGAACAACACAAUUACUGAAAUUAAAAAUAUUCUAGAAGGAACCAAUAGCAGAAUAACUAAGGCAGAAGAACAGAUAAGUGAGCUGGAAGAUAAAACGGUGGAAAUAACUGCCAGAAAGCAGAAAAGAAAAAAGGAUUGGGGACAGUCUCAAGAGACCUCUGGGACAACAUUAAACGAACCAACAUUCGAAUUAUAGCGGUCCCAGAAGAAGAAGAGAAAAAAAGGGGGUUGAGAAAAUGUUUGAAGAGAUUAUAGUCGAAAACUUCCCUAACAUGGGAAAGGAAAGAGUCAAUCAAGUCCAGGAAACACAGAGAGUACCAUACAGGAUAAACCCAAACAGAAACACACCGAGACACAUAUUAAUGAAACUAUCAAAAAUUAAAUACGAAGAAAAAAUGUCGAAAGCAGCAAGGGAAAAGCAGCAAAUAACAUACAAACUAUUAGAGCUAAUCAAUGAAUUUGGUAGAGUAGCAGGAUACAAAAUUAAUGCACAGAACUCUCUGGCAUUCCUAUACACUAAUCAUGAAAAAUCUGAAAGAGAAAUUAAGGCAACACUCCCAGUUACCACUGCAACAAAAAGAAUAAAAUACCUAGGAAUAAACCUACCUAAGGAGACAAAGGACCUGUAUGCAGAAAUCUAUAACACACUGAUGAAAGAAAUUAAAGAUGAUACAAAUAGAUGGAGAGAUAUACCAUGUUCUUGGAUUGGAAGAAUCAGCAUUGUGAAAAUGACUGUACUACCCAAAGCAAUCUACAGAGUCAAUGCAAUCCCUAUCAACUACCAGUGACAUUUUUCACAGUAGUAGAACAAAAAAUUUCACAAUUUGUGUGGAAACACAAAAGACCCCGAAUAGCCAAAGCAAUCUUGAGAAAGAAAAACAGAGCUGGAGGAAUCAGGCUCCCUUACUUCAGCCUAUACUACACAGCUAUAGUAAUCAAGACAGUAUGGUACUGGCACAAAAACAGAAAUAUAGAUCAAUGGAACAGGAUACAAAGCCCAGAGAUGAACCCAUGCACAUAUCGUCACCUUAUGUUUGAUAAAGGGGGCAAGAAUAUACAAUGGAGAAAAGACAUCCUCUUCAAUAAGUGGUGCUGGGAACACUGGACAGCUACAUGUAAAAGAAUGAAAUUAGAACACUCCCUAACACCAUACCCAAAAAUAAACUCAAAAUGGAUAAAGACCUAAAUGUAAGGCCAGACACUAUAAAACUCUUAGAGGAAAAUAUAGGUAGAGCACCGUAUGACAUACAUCACAGCAAGAUCCUUUUUGAUCCACCUCCUAGAGAAAUGGAAAUAAAAACAAAAAUAAACAAAUGAGACCUAAUGAAACUUAAAAGCUUUUGCACAUCAGAGGAAAUCAUAAACAAGACGAAAAGACAACCCUCAGAAUGAGAGAAAAUUUGUGCAAACGAAGCAGCAAAGGAUUAACCUCCAAAAUAUACAAGCAGCUCAUGCAGCUCAAUAUAAAAAAAACAAAUAACCCAAUCCAAUAAUGGGCGGAAGACGUAAAUAGACAUUUCUCCAAAGAAGGCAUACAGAUUGCCAACAAAUACAUGAAAAGAUGCUCAGCAUCGCUAAUCAUAGAGAGAUGCAAAUCAAAACUGCAAUGAGGUAUCACCUCACACCAGUCAGAAUGGCCAUCAUCAAAACAUCUACAAACCAUAAAUGCUGGAGAGGGUGUGGAGGAAAGGAAACCCUCUUGCACUGUUGGUGGGAAUGUAAAUUGAUACAGCCACUGUGGAGAACAGUAUGGAGGUUCCUUAACUAAAAAUAGAACUACCAUAUGACCCAGCAAUCCCACUACUGGGCAUAUACCCUGAGAAAGUCAUAAUCAAAAAGUGUCAUAGGGCUUCCCUGGUGGCGCAGUGGUUGCGUGUCCGCCUGCUGAUGCAGGGGAACCGGGUUCGCGCCCCGGUCUGGGAGGAUCCCACAGGCCGCGGAGCGGCUGGGCCUGUGAGCCAUGGCCGCUGAGCCUGCGCGUCCGGAGCCUGUGCUCCGCAACGGGAGAGGCCGAAAAAAAAAAAAAAAAAGUUAAAAAAAAAAAAAAGUGUCAUGUACCGCAAAGUUCACUGCAGCUCUAUUUACAAUAGCCAGGACAUGGAAGUAACCUAAGUGUCCAUCGACAGACGGAUGGAUAAAGAUGUGGCACAUAUAUACAAUGGAAUAUUACUCAGCCAUAAAAAGAAACGAAAUUGAGUUAUUUGUAGUGAGGUGGAUGGACCUAGAGUCUGUCAUACAGGGUGAAGUAAGUCAGAAAGAGAAAAACAAAUACUGUAUGCUAACACAUAUAUGUGGAAUCUAAAAAAAAAAAAAUGCUUCUGAUGAACUUAGGGUCAGGACAGGAAUAAAGAUGUAGACGUAGAGAAUGGACUUGAGGACAUGGGGACUGGGAAGGGUAAGCUGGGACGAAGUGAGAGAGUAACAUGGACAUAUAUACACUACCAAAUGUAAAAUGGAUGGCUAGUGGGAAGCAGCCGCAUAGCACAGGGAGAUCAGCUCGGUGCUGUGUG